CGAGGAGCGUGACGCGGAGAGAAGGCGAACUGGGGGGAAAGUGAGAGUCGGUGGGUGGCGUGCCGCGUUGUGCCAUGUGGGGGGCGCUGUUGUCUCCAGAAACGCGCGCGCGCGUGUGUGUGUGGACUGCGGCGCUGGGAAAAGUUGUUGAGCAACUCGCCUGCAGCGUCGCGUGUGCAGCCGGAGACGUCACGGCAGCAGUUCCCGGAAAGCCGAGCGGAGACUCCAGACCACUCUCUCCCGCCGCCCUGCAGAAGUUGAGCUGGUGCCGAGCGUCAUUAUGAGAUGUCGUCUCCCAGUGCCCCCUUUGUGCAAAUCAAGUUCGAUGACAUCCACUUCUACGAGAACUGCGGCGGGGGGAGCUUCGGCAGUGUGUACCGGGCCAGGUGGAUCUCCCGGGACAAAGAGGUGGCUGUGAAGAAACUGCUCAAGAUCGAAAAUGAGGCUGAAAUCCUCAGUGUCCUCAGCCAUCGCAACAUCAUUCAGUUUUACGGGGCAAUCCUCGAGGCGCCCAACUACGGAAUCGUCACCGAGUAUGCAAGCGGGGGGUCGCUGUAUGACUAUCUGUCCAGCGAUGAGAGUGAGGGCAUAGACAUGGGACAGGUCAUGACAUGGGCCAAGGAGAUCGCCAAAGGAAUGCACUACUUGCACUCAGAGGCCCCCAUCAAGGUCAUCCACCGAGACCUGAAGUCCAGGAACGUUGUCAUAACAGCUGAUAAAGUUCUUAAGAUCUGUGAUUUUGGGGCGUCCAAGUUCCUGUUCCACACAACACACAUGUCUCUGGUGGGGACGUUCCCGUGGAUGGCGCCAGAGGUGAUCCAGAGCCUGCCUGUGUCCGAGACGUGCGACACCUAUUCCUACGGCGUGGUUCUGUGGGAGAUGCUGACACGUGAGAUACCGUUCAAGGGUCUGGAAGGAUUACAAGUGGCCUGGCUUGUGGUGGAGAAAAACGAGAGGUUAACCGUUCCCAGCUGCUGUCCUGCCAGCUUUGCCGACCUCAUGAGGAAAUGCUGGACAACCGAGCCCAAGGAACGGCCCAUGUUCAAGCAAAUCCUCUCUACUUUGGAGUCCAUGUCUAAUGACAGCCAACUUCCCCAACAGUGCAAUUCCUUCUUACACAACAAGGCUGAAUGGAGGUGCGAGAUUGAAGCCACGAUCGAGAGGCUUAAAAGACUGGAGCGAGACUUGAGUACCAAAGAGCAGGAGCUGAAGGCGAGGGAGCAGCGCCUGAAGAUGUGGGAGCGUAAACUCCUCGAGCAGUCCAACUCCCCGUUGUUGCCCACCCUUGACAUCUAUACCUGGACGGAGGAACAUGUGUACUUCUGGAUGCAACAAAUAUUUGGUUCAGGAGAGGGCGUCUGUGACCUAUUUAAGGAAAACCACAUCACAGGAAAGAUGUUGCUGUUGCUCACAGAAACAGACAUGCGGGACAUGGGGGUCAAAUCCAAAGGUCACAUCAUACGCCUGAAGGGGGAAAUCGAGAAGCUGGCCACUGAUUACUUCACGUUCAUCCACUUCCCACCACUGUUGAAGGAUGAGCUGGAAGAGGAGGUCGAAGGAAUCAAGAUUGUGAAUCUGGAGCUGGUGUUCGGGUACCACUGGAAAGCAGGGAAGGGAAACUCUGACUGCAAGUGGAAAAUGUACAUGGAGCUCGACGGCGACGACGUCGCAAUAACGUACAUCAAGGACGUCAUCUUCAAUACCGGCCGACCGGAUGUGGACGUCUGCAAGAUGACGAAGCCACCCUUCGUGAUGGACAAAUGGAUCGUUGGAAUACAGGAAAGCCAGAGUGUGGACUACAUCAUCAAUUACGAGAGCGCCGUCAGAGCGCUCAGGUCUACCAAAUACAGCCGCACACUGCGAUGGAGUCCCACCAGUGCACAGGAUGAGAUCAAGGCUGUAGAGCUGGUCAUAGAAACAGCGCCACCCAACCCAGACUGGAACCCCAGGAGCAGAUCUAACUCUGAUGUAGAUCCCAGAUGGAUGUACAAUGUGAGGCUGAGGCAGGUGAUGAAACAGCUGUCACAGCAGCCGCCUGUCGCUGCGACCACCUUCAGCGGCUCUGACGCCCGCAUGCUGCCCCACUUCCUGUCUGUGUACGGGGACCAGACGGCGUCCUACGCCGCGGCCGUGCGGCGCUCCCCGAACCGCAGCCGCCACGCUCCUUGGUCCGCCUCCCACAGCUCCUCGUCUGCUGCCAGCCUCUCCGCCAGGCUCUCCCCGCUGCACCUGGGGUCAAAGGGCAGCAGCCCCUCCAGCACCACCUCUGAGAGUGCCUCGGAGCGGGAUCGAGAGCGCAGUGCCGGGGCGGUGCAAGACUUCUACAGACACAGCUUUGGCAACACGUCAGCCGCGAGAGGAAGGCAGGAUAGUAGACACUAUGCGGGGACGCACAGCCGACCCAACUUUACUCAGAAUAAAACCAGCAAAACUUCACAACAGCCAGGGAGGCCACGGGCCAAUAGUUACAGCGCCACGCCACAGAACCGCCCAGCCAGAAUGAUACCGGGUAUAUUGUCUGUGCCCGAAAGCCCUGGCAGAGAAAGAGAGGAGGCUAAAGCCAGCGAGGGAGGGUGGAUCAGGGUGGAGCGCCCAAAAAAAUCACCUCGACAGGACUAUAAACAAGGCAGGGGUCGACCGAGAAGAGGUGGAAGGGGGGAUCGGAGCUAAUAAAUAACUUUGCAGGCUAUAAAGGAAGUGCACCUUAGCACAUUUUUAUCUUAAUGCUGGUCAUGUUAGGAACAAAAGAGUUUAGACGUGAGCUGUGCCUUUGUGUAGAUAAGAUAUAGGACCUCUGCGUUGGGAAACGAGUGAAUGUGUCUUUUUACCGAUGCAUUUUUGAAAGAAAAUGUUUCCCUCUGUAAGUGAACGUGUCACCCCCUUGUAUGUAAUCCAUGCCCUUGAUGUGUACAGUAUUGAACUUUGCACAGUAACAAAUGGUUUUUAUUUUUUAAAAGCAAAGCUGUCUACGUGAGACUCUAUCUGAAACUUAACUGCUAUUAUUAAAUGAGAAUGUUGUUUUUAUGAGAAUAAUAAAAAAAAACCCAAAACAAUGAA